AUGUGGGACUGUGAAUCACCUAGUAUCUACGGUUACGGUCCAAACGUCACUGCGAGCACUCCGUCCUUCCAUGACUCGGCAAUUAAGCCAGUUAUAAAUCUUGGAGGGGAAACGAGUUGCUUACAAGGAUCUGGUGAAGGGUAUGCUGGAACCGCCAAUUCCCUGGCAAACUUUUGCACGAAUAUCACGGAGACCGAUGAUACGUUAAAGCAAGUUCGAGGCGGCGGAUUCCUGGCUGAAUUUGAGAGGGAGGAUGAUGAGGAAACGAAGAUUGGAAGUGCGGAAGGAAUAGGCGGUGGUGGUUGUUCGUGUAGUACCAGUGGAGAUAUUAGUCCUCUUGGAGAUCCUGGAAAGGGGUAUUUGACUGUCAAAGGAAAUCACCCAAUGGACAGUAUAGCAAACGGAAAUUCUUCUGCAUUAUGGGUAAGUCUCAUUUAUUAA